GCCUUGGCCCUGCAGGCUACAGGGGCUCCACGAGGACUUUUGGAAGUGAGCGUGAAAGAGGAGAAGAACCAUGCCUGUGGUCAAGAAUCUGACAGGUCAAGGAAGACCUUUGAAAGCAGGGAGAUCUUCCGAAGACACUUCAGGGAGUUCUGCUAUCAGGAGACCCCGGGACCCCGGGAGGCGCUGCACCGGCUCCGAGAGCUCUGCCACCAGUGGCUGCGGCCCGAGACCCACAGCAAGGAGCAGAUCCUGGAGCUGCUGGUGCUGGAGCAGUUCCUGGCCAUCCUGCCUGCAGAGCUGCAGGCCUGGGUGCACGCACAGCAUCCAGAGAGCGGGGAUGAGGUGGUGACUGUGCUGGAGGACUUGGAGAGGGAGCUGGACGAGCCAGGAGAGCAGGUCCCAAGUCCUACUUACGAGCAAGAAGAGGUCGUGAGGCAGAAGGCAACUCAAGGAACAGCCCAGGUAUCCCCAUGCAGCCAGUUCCCGUGCUCAGAAGAGCAGCUGCAGUGUCACAUGCCAGAGGCGCGCCCAGUGCAGGAGAGCGGUAGCGAGGCUGGGACUCGGAAUGUUGAGUUCGCACCAGUGGAGGAGGGCUCUAAAGAAAUAAAAUUUCCUGUGGAAGGACCUGGAACUCUCAGCAGUGGUACCACUCAGGUGCCUGAAUGCGGAGAUGCUUGUGGCCCAGAGGGCAGACUGGGCAGGCACCGGGUAAGCUCCUCAGUGGCGGAGAGGCCUCACGUCUGCAGGGAGUGUGGGAAAAGCUUCACACAGAACUCCAUUCUCGUGGAGCACCAGAGGCGGCACACGGGUGAGAGGCCCUAUGUGUGCGGUGUCUGCGGGCGCGCCUUCAGCCAGCGCUCCGGCCUCUUCCAGCACCAGAGGCUGCAUACUGGGGAGAAGCACUACCAGUGCCGCGUGUGCGGCAAAGCCUUCAGCCAGAAUGCCGGGCUGUUCCACCACCUCCGCGUCCACACUGGAGAGAAACCUUUCCAGUGCAGCCAGUGCAGGAAGAGUUUUAGCCGCCGCUCUGUCCUUGUGAAGCAUCAGAGAAUUCACACUGGAGAGAGACCUUAUCAAUGUGGAGAAUGUGGCAAGAGCUUCUUUUACCACUGCAACCUUGUCCAGCAUCAGAAAAUCCACACUGGAGCUGAGCCCGUGGGCUCCUUGGAGCAGGCAGGGCAAAAUCUCUGAGCCCAGACCCCAAGGCAAGGUCGCAAGGGCACGGUUCCUUGCUUGGCCCCUGAGAGAACAAUCAUAAUUUCAGGUAGUGAGGCUGAAUAGAAAAGUACAGGGAAUACCAGGAGAAAUUCCUUUAAUUUUAGGCUAAAAGAAAGCGUAAUUAAGUGCAUCUGUCAAGGUCUCCAUGUCAAUGACAGCCACAGCUUUGCAAUGGCAAAUCUUAGUUCUUCAUCAUAAUACAUGCUUCGAUCUACGUACAUGUGCAAGAAGUUUCUGGAUUCAGGAACACUACAUCUUUCUAAUUUUUUUUAAAAAAGUUUAAAAACAUAUGCAACCCGAGUUCAAAAUUAUAUCAAAGGUAAUUUACUGAGUAUUACAAAUUAAUUUUAAAAUCACAGUAAAAUUUACGUGAGCUGACUUUUUUUCCAUGUACAUAUGAUUUGCAUUUUAACCUACAGAAGGAGGCACAUGGUGCCUCCCAUGCAAAUGUAUAAAACCUCUCCUUGUUGAUUUCUACUCAGCCUUCGGUCAGGAACGAGGACAUGGAGCAGCCUCAUUACUGGCAGCUCAGUGACUGCUCCCAGGCAGCAGUGAUGGGAAGACAGAUCUGCACAGCGACCAGGAUACUUCACUAAAAAUAGGCUAUUUCAGAUCGUUAUUUUAAAAACUUUAGUUUCCUUGCAUUUUUCCUGUAACAUAAUAAAAAUGGUUAGUUUUUGCCUUUUGCUUUCUUUUUUCUUUUUCUUUUUUUUUUUUUUUUUAACCGGUACCAGGGAUCGAACUCACGACCACGCGCUUGCAAGGCAGGCGCUUGUGCUGCAGAGCUAAAUCUCCAGCACCAGCUUUUUUCUUUCCUUUCUUUUUUGGCAGUGGUUAUAGGGAUGAACUCAGGGCCUGGUGCAUGGUAGGCAGAUAUUGUACCACAAGGCAGUAUCUCCAGCCACUGUUCAAUCUUUUGUUUCAAAAGUCUCAGCUUUCCAAGAGUAGAGAGAAAAGUGUGGUCCAUCGUGCAUGUUGAUUGCUUCUGUCUGCAGUGCUGGGGGUGAACCCAGUGCUAGAUGAACUACUCUACCACAGAGCUACGUUGCUAGCCUCCUUAACAUCCACAUUUCUUGGAACUCUUUGUUGUUGAUUACCAGCAAGGUCAUACAUACAAAAUUAAAGUUUCUUUCCCUUGCCUUUAAAAAAAAAAAAAGAAAAGAAAAAGAAAAA